AAAUCCGAACCGCGAAACUCCCUCGCUCCCUCCCUUCCUUCCUUCCACCCCUCUCUCUCUCUCUGUCUCUGAAGAGAUCAGCUCGCGGCAGCUUUCAGCUCAAGAAGCUCCAUUUCUCUUCAUUCCUCAUUCUUCUUCCUGGGAGCUGAGAAGCAAGAACGUCAGAGAGGGGAGAUGGGCAUCGAGAUUGUGGAGCCAAACACCUGCAUAAGGGGCUGUUGCAGCAGCAAAUCGAUCCCUCUUCACCUCCCUCCUUCCUCCUACUCUCUCCUCUCCCCAAUAGCCCGAGGAGCUGAGAGCGUGGUCUAUGAGGGGACUCUGAACGGGAAGAAGGUUGCAGUGAAGAAGCCCGUCUUGUCUACUUCUGAAGACAUUGAUAAGUUCCACAAGGAGCUUCAACUCUUAUGCAAGGUAGAUCAUCCUGGUAUAGCAACCCUUAUCGCGGUGCAUGCAAAGCCACCCAACUACAUGUUCUUCUUUGAGUUCUACGAAUCUAGAAACCUCGCUGAAAAGUUGCACGUGGAAGAGUGGAGCCCCAACAUGGAUCAAGUGCUGGCCAUCACAAUGCAGCUUGCCAAGGCUUUACAGUAUCUUCACAGCCAAGGAAUUGUUCACAGGGACAUAAAACCAGCAAAUAUUCUGCUAGACAGAGAGCUCUCGCCUCACUUAUCAGACUUUGGUUUGGCUGCAUACAAGGAAACCCUGAAAGGAGUUUCUGUGGAGACAUGGAAGUCUUCAGGAAAGCCGACCGGAGGGUUCCACAAGAAAAACAUGGUGGGCACCCUCAUCUACAUGGCGCCUGAAAUUCUAAAGAAACAAGUACAUACAGAGAAGUCCGACAUGUACAGCUUCGGAAUAUCUAUUAAUGAGCUUCUUACUGGUGUUGUCCCAUACACAGAUCUUCGUGCAGAAGCGCAGGCGCACACUGUGCUGGAAAUGAAUUACACUGAGCAGCAACUUACAGCAGCUGUUGUGUCCGAUGGGCUCCGGCCAGUUCUUGCAGGUCCAGACCUUGGGGUGCCUGAUGACAUAUCAUCUCUGAUUAAGAAGUGCUGGGAUGGGAAUCCUCAUAAUAGACCUUCAUUUAAUGAUAUAGUUAUGGAACUUGAUUCGAUUUUGGACAGAAGGAAUAGAACAAAGGAGGAAGAUAUCUCCAUUGAGAAAUUUUCUUCAGCUCAAAUUGAUAACAACCAUGUGACUGAAACCGGUAGCUUUCUUAGUUAUCAAGAGAGUAUUAACUGGUCCAGUCAGGGGGCGCAGUUCUCGAAGAAAGCUUCUCUUGCUGCUGAUAAUUCUGUUACAAGAUUUUGGCCAGAGACUGCCAGUGUUCCUUCUGAUUAUCGUCCAACACUUUCCUGGGGAUCAUUUGCAACCUGUGGGAGAAGGGAGUCCAUGGAGGAUACACACUUCCUUUUGCCUCACAUGUGCAAUGAAAAGGAUGUUCAUAUGUUUGGGAUCUUUGAUGGUCAUAGAGGUGCUGCGGCUGCUGAAUUUUCCGCUCGAGCCUUGCCUGGGUUUCUGCAAACUUUUAGUUCCACCCACAGCCCCAACAAUGCUUUGUUCGAGGCAUUUGUGGAGACAGAUAUAGCAUUUAAGAAUGAAUUGGAUUCUCGUCGUAAGAUCAGAGGAGCUGUCCAGAAAGAUUGGCAUCCUGGGUGUACUGCAAUUGCUGCCUUGAUUGUUAGGGACAAACUUUUUGUUGCUAAUGCCGGUGAUUGUAGGACAAUCUUGUGUCGUGCUGGUCAGCCUCUUCCUCUUAGCAUCGAUCAUCUUGCAAGUCGUAUUGAAGAGAGAGAUCGUGUGACUAAGGCAGGAGGACAAGUGAAGUGGCAGGUUGACACCUGGCGGGUUGGCGUUGCUGCGCUUCAGGUCACUCGAUCAAUCGGAGAUGAUGAUUUGAAGCCUGCAGUAACUGCUGAACCUGAGAUUACUGAAACCCUUCUCUCUGUGGAGGACGAAUACCUGGUUAUGGCUAGUGACGGGCUCUGGGAUGUGAUUAGUAACGAAGAAGUCGUGAGCAUUAUAAGAGACACGGUCAAAGAGCCAGGCAUGUGCUCCAAGAGAUUGGCCACUGAAGCCGCCGAACGAGGAAGCAAAGAUAACAUCACAGUCAUCGUCGUGUUUCUCCGUCCCGUCUCUACAGCAGAGAGGAUUUACUAGAUCAUUCCUCCAUUUAGUUAAGUUAAAAUUUGUGAAUUGGAUGUACCAAUCAUGGAUGAAGAGUAGUGCUCAUUGGACCAUUUCCUUUUAUUUAGUGAGUUACCUAUAUUGGAAUUGCAUUUUUAUCCAAUUGUAGUUACUGCAAUCAGAAUGCAAAUUGUUAUUUGCUACGUUGCUUUAGAUUUUGUUGCCAAUCCAUGGAUAGCUCCUCUCUUUUUUUUU